AUGAGCGCCAGCGCCGAGAACCUGGCUUCUGCGUCCGAGGCCCCUCAUUACGUCCCAACGACUGGUGCCGGCGAUGUCACUGCCGGUGAUGGUCAUUCGUUACACCAGGGAGUAGGACACUCAUCUGCGAGCAACUACGAUGGAGCUACGCUCACAGGUAUUGCCACUAGCAAUAACGGCGCCGAAGGCAUCGGUGGCAGCAACGUCGAGUAUCCUCCCCUAAUACUCCCGACAUUAUCUGGCCUACCUUCCAGCGCCCAACUCUCCGACUCCGUCUCGCUCCGUGGGCCACAAUGA